CCUUGGCCGCAGUCGGUCCGGCACCGUGCGGGCGACCAUGAGCUGCGGACGGCUGAUCUCCCUGGCGCUGCUGGGCUGCCUCCUGCUCGCCAGCUCCUGCGGCGGAGGUGAUGCAGAAGCAAAUGUCGAAGUUUCCAUGCCAGAUGUGGUAGAAGCCGAAAUUGGGGAGACAGUUGUAAUUAACUGUGAGUUCUCUCUCCCAGAGAACAGCAGCUAUGCUUACAUCAACUGGUUUUCUGGGGAAAAAAUGGCACGGAAAAAAAUCAUCUCCUUGAUCCAAGACAAAGAAGACUGGGCAGAAGACCAUAGAGACCGGUUGAACAUCGCCAAGGAUUUCUCCCUCGUCAUCAAGAAGGUCACUGUGCAGGAUGCCAAGACCUACAUCUGCCAAGUGGGGCUCGGCAGCCUCGGUGUCAGCGAGAACCAGACCAAGCUGCAGGUCUCAAAAGCUCCGGAACUACCUGAGGUUCAGCUGGUGAAAGAUGGAUUUCGAGCCGCUGAACCCACUCCUCAAGAGAUAGCAACUUGUACUGCCCGCAACGGCUACCCGGCUCCAAGCAUCAUAUGGUACAAGAACAGGGAAGUCCUGCACCCCAAAGAGAAAGAAACGGAGAUCCGUGCCACCGUCAUCACAGAAUCCAGCGGGCUGAUCACCAUCCUCAGCAUGCUUUCAAUCCAAGUGGCCAAAGAAGAUCGCGAAGCUCAGUUUCACUGCCAAGUCAAUUAUACCCUGAUGGGGACAAACAAGACAGCAGUAUCAGAGAGCUUCAAAAUCAACGUUUUAUAUGCCACCCAGAACGUGACUUUUACGCUGGACCAAGCGAACCAAGAGUUGAAGGAAGGAGACAACGCAACUUUGGUCUGUGAAGGUGAUGGGAAUCCACCUCCCGAAUACACUUUAUUCAAGACCGAGGACACACAGUUCUUGGCCCCAGACGGGAGGCUCUUAUUUCCCAGCGUCCUGAGAAACGACAGCGGUGUCUACGUGUGCAAAGCCCUGGAUUUGCACACCUUUGAAGAGUUCGCCGCUUCGGUAGACCUGAUGGUAAACUUUAAGACUGUUUCUCUCCUCCAGACCCUCGACGUACCCACCAUCUUCCCAGCUGGACCCCAGGAACCAGCAGAAGGAGAAGACCUGCUCCUGAACUGCUCCACCUCGGGAUCCGGACCCUUGAAAUUCCAGUGGCAGAAGAAAGGGACGCUCAUUGCAGACGGUGCCGUCCUGAACCUGACUUCCAUCACCUAUGAGAAAAUGGGCAAUUACACCUGUGUGGUGACAAUGCCAGACUUCCCAGGUUGGGUGCGCUCCCGGCACAUUUUUAUUGCUGUUCGAGCAAAGCCCCAGACGGUGCCUCUGGAGCAGAAUCUGAGCGUGCGGGAAGGGGAGGUGAUGGAACUGACUUGCAGCUUCUACUCGGUGCCUCGGAUGAACACCUCUUGGAGUACCAGUAACGGCACGGUGCACACAUCCAGAAGGAAAAACCAGUACAAUAGCACUCUCUCCGUUCUGGACAAGGAAAUCCUCAAAUCGGGUCUCAACUGCACUGGAAAUGAAUUUGGGUCGGAAAAUCAGCACUUCCCGCUCCGGCUGAACACCAGAGUCGAUCCUGAUAAAAGUAAACCAUAACGCAGGAGAGCAAAGGGGGUGAUCAUCGUCGCCGUCAUCGUCUGCCUGCUGCUGUUUGCCGUCCUGGGGGCUGUCCUUUACUUCCUGCACAAGAAAGGAAAGCUGGUUUGCGGGCGCUCCGGCAAGCAAGAAAUCACGAGGCCCGAAGCACAUAAAGACGAGAUUGUAGUUGAAGUAAAAUCAGAGAAACUUCCCGAAGAGGCAGGUCUUCUGCAGGGGGCCAACGGUGAGAAGAGAUCGCCAGGUGAACCGGUAGGCAGCUGCUGCAGCUGGAAGGUUGGGAGGGAGGGAUGCUUUCCUGCAAUGCCCACCUUUUGGGUAUACUGGCGAGGCCAACUUUCAUCCAUCCUCCCUCCAGAUCGGUGGGACCCUUCGGGGUGCAGAUGGGUUUCAGCAAACAGUUCCUUCCUUAAUGGUGGCCCCCUGUUUCUCGUCUUCAGCAGUGAUCUUGGGAUAUCGACUUAUUUAUUUACUAUUAAAUUUAUUUGCCGCCCGUCUCGCUACAAAGUACUCUGGGCAGCUUACAGCAUUAAGAGAACAUUAAAACCAUCAACCAUAAAUUUCCCUAACCAAUAAAAUGACAAUACCCAUCAAGGUACAAUCUUGGCCCGUUGAUCAGAGACCCAAAUGCCUAAUUUUCCAUUUGUAGCUCACUUGAGUUGCAUCGAGGUUUGGGUGCUAUUGGUCAACUUAAUACAUUCCUUAUUUCAUGCCUCCAGAGG